AUGGACUAUAUCCGCGAUAAUUUCAUCAAUCGAAUCUUUAAAGUGAUUACUGGUUAUUCUUUUGACGAUUAUUGGGUUGACAUUGACAGAAAAUUAUGGUCUUUUAAAAUCAAUUCAUUUGAAGAAGUUUCUUCUCCAAAAAGUGAAAUAUUUGGAAGCGGAGAGUGUGUAAAGGCAUUGGAAAUUACUCACAACAAGAAUAUUGAAUAUUUGCCAGUGAAAGUUUAUGAAAAGUUCUCUAAUUUAGCAGCAUAUAGUGCAUAUAAUUCAGCAAUCAAAGAGAUUCGAUAUGAAAAUUUCGAGAACUUAUUCAAACUGCAAAAACUUGUUCUGGAAAAUAAUAAAAUUUCACAUAUUCCAAAAGAUGCAUUUAAGAAUUUAAAUUAUCUUAAAUAUUUAUUAAUGGACAUUGGUCGAUUGAUGAUCAAGUUUUUAAAGAUUUGGGAAAUUUAUGAAAACUUGAUUUAGACAACAACAAAAUCUCUUCAAUCCCAAAAAAUGCAUUCGAAAAAUUAACAGAACUUGAUAAAAUCUAUUCAAGCAAUUCUCUCUUGACUUUGGAUAACAAUAUUUUCAGUAAUAAUCAAAAAC